GAGCAGCAUGAGACCAGCAAGGGUCCUGACACUUGAGGAAGAAGAGGCUGGGGGGCAUGCGGUCCUUCCUGGACCCUCAGCUUCUCUGUAAUCAACGGCCCUUAAGGAGACUGGGCAGGGUUUACGCCUGAAUGCCGGUGUCCCUGACGUGUCCUCAGCUUCCUAGGCAGAAGUAACAUGUUCCCAGCAUUGGAAACAGAGCUAAAGCAGGAGACUCUUCCUGACCCUUAUGAAGACUUUAUGUACCGUCACCUCCAGUACUAUGGCUACUUUAAAGCUCAGCGAGCCAGUUUGCCAAACUCUGCUACAAAUCAACACGUUUGGAAGAAUAAUUCUCGACACCUGUUGAAUAGCUCUUUGGGGGAAAGAGAUGAAUUGGUGGCAGACCAUCUGCAGAAGGAGAAACUGUUUUCAGAUUCCCUUAUGCUGAACUCACCACUUCUUAAAAGCAGACAACUUCUUCAUAAUGACUUUGGUGACUUAAGCCCACGUCUUCGAGAACCCCCAGAUCUCUUUGCCUUUUUCUCAGGCAAUGGGCCACUGCAGGCUCCAAGAUGGCCAGUAGAAUGUGAGGUCAUUAAGGAAAAUGUUCAUCAUAUUGAAUGGGUUCCACCUCAGCCAGAAUAUUUCUAUCAACCUACAGGAAAUGAAAGGUUACCAGAAAUUGUCGGAGAGGAAAGAGGCAUAGUUGUCUAUCAAUUAGAUUCAGUGCCCACAGAAGGUUCCUAUUUCACCAGUUCCAGAGUGGGUGGCCGACGAGGAAUCAUCAAGGAAGUGGCUGUCAGGUUGCAAGGACCGGAAGAUAAUACUUUACUGUUUGAAUCAAGGUUUGAGAGUGGGAAUCUGCAAAAAGCUGUCAGAGUAAAUACCUAUGAAUAUGAACUCACCUUGCGAACUGACCUCUACACAGACAAGCACACUCAGUGGUUUUAUUUUCGAGUCCAGAACACCAGAAAAGAUGCCACGUACCGAUUCACCAUCGUAAACUUGCUAAAACCCAAGAGCCUUUAUACUAUAGGGAUGAAGCCACUCAUGUACUCCCAGCUAGAUGCCAGCACCCACAGCAUUGGCUGGAGGAGAGAAGGAAAUGAAAUCAAGUACUAUAAGAACAAUUCAGAUGAUGGGCAGCAGCCCUUUUACUGUCUCACGUGGACUGUCCAGUUUCCACACGACCAGGACACCUGCUACUUUGCACACUUCUACCCCUACACGUACACUGACCUGCAGUGCUACCUCCUCACGAUAGUAAAUAACCCUGUCCAGUCUCAGUUCUGCAAACUCCGGACUUUAUGCAGGAGCCUAGCAGGAAAUACCGUCUAUCUCCUCACUAUCACCAACCCAUCCCGGACCCCAAAGGAAGCAGCUGCAAAGAAAGCUGUGGUCUUAAGUGCCCGAGUCCACCCUGGGGAAAGUAACGGCUCCUGGGUCAUGAAAGGCUUUCUAGACUUUAUCCUUAGCAACUCCCCUGAUGCCCAGCUCCUCAGAGAUAUUUUUAUCUUCAAAGUGGUUCCCAUGUUAAAUCCAGAUGGAGUGAUUGUGGGGAAUUACCGGUGCUCACUGGCUGGAAGGGACUUGAACAGACAUUAUAAAACCAUUCUAAAGGAGUCUUUCCCUUGCAUCUGGUACACCAGGAACAUGAUUAAGAGAGUUCUUGAAGAAAGGGAGGUUCUCUUAUACUGUGACUUCCAUGGCCACAGCCGUAAGAAUAACAUCUUCCUGUAUGGCUGUAAUAACAAUGAUCGCAAGUACUGGCUUCAUGAGCGAGUCUUCCCUUUAAUGUUAAGCAAAAAUGCACCAGAUACGUUCUCCUUUCAUAGCUGCAAUUUUAAGGUCCAAAAGAGCAAAGAAGGUACGGGGCGAGUUGUGAUGUGGCGGAUGGGAAUCCUAAACAGCUACACCAUAGAAUCGACCUUUGGCGGGUCCACCCUGGGCAGUAAAAGGGAUAUGCACUUCACCACUGAGGAUCUCAAGUCUCUAGGUUAUCAUGUCUGUGACACCCUUCUGGAUUUUUGUGAUCCUGACCAAACCAAGUUUGCACAAUGCUUAGCAGAGCUUGAAGAGCUCUUACAACAGGAAAUCCACAAGAAAUUCCAUGAACUUGGAGAUGACAUGGAUUUGGAGACAGGAUGGAGUGAUAUCUCUUUAUCUGAUAUUGAAUCCAGUACCAGUGGUUCCGACAGCUCCCUCUCGGAUGGUCUCCCUGUUCACCUACUGAACAUAGCAGAUGAGUUGAGUCAGAAGAAGAUAUGUAAGAAGAAGAAAAAGAAGUCACUUCAGACUAGGAAACAGCGAAAUGACAAGCAUCAGAAAAACAAUUUGAUGCAAAAGUCCAAGUUAACAGAAGAUGCCCAGGAAAGGGCAGGGUUUGCUUCUACUCUGCAAAAGCAGCCAACUUUUUUCAAAAACUCAGAGAGUGCCAGUUCUUCAACAAUGAAAAAUGAAAAACCAAGGUUGAAUGAGUCACAGUUAAAUCGAAGAAAUGAAGGCACCUCUCUGAACCGAUCAAAAAUGACUGCCUUGAUUCUGACUAAAAAUAAAGAGAGAAUGCAGAGAGAGAAGCCCGAAUAUACAUUAUCACGCCCUUCCAAGAGAAGCACAGACACCAGCCAAGAGCCGGCUCCAGCCCUGAAACCACACUGGUCCAGGAAUAGAUAUCCUGCCACAAAGAGAGGCCACGAUGCCCUGACAGAGUACCCGUCCCUGCACAUAUACACAUACCCAUAGGUGCUUGGGCCACGCCACACCUGGGCAUGUUUUGUAUUAGAAACAUGUAUGUUAAAGGUGAACUGUGUGAUCAGGACGGACAUAUUCAUUUGUGGUAUACUCUAUAGUUCGCUCAUCAUGCCCUGACUUCCCAGUUUGUGCUUGUACUCUUGUGUAUGCCCUCCAGAUGCAUAACUCAGGAAUUAAAUUAUUUUUUUAUAAAAUUAAACUUACAUUAUGAUGUAUAUAGUAAAACUUCCUCUACCAGAAAUUGAAGUGUGUUUUCAUGGAACUACCACACAGAUAUGGCUUUGAAAUCAGUCUAGAUAAUCUCUCUAAAAUUAUGUGAAAAUCAAUUUUAAAGCAUCAAACUAUU